AAAAAAAAGGAAGAUUGGCAACAGAUGUUGGCUCAGGGCCAAUCUUCCUAAAAAAAGAAAGAAAAAUAUGGGAAAGAUAUGAGCAGACAAUUCAUAAUGAUAUUAAAAUUGUCAUUAAACAUAGAGAAGAGCAAAAUAAAAUGCCAUUGAGAUACUACUUCUAACCUAUCAUAUUAGUGAAAAUUAAAAAUAGUCACACAGGUUGGAAAGGGUGUAGGGAAACAAGCACUCUCCUAUAUUGCUGAUGGGAAAGCAAAAAUGAAUCUUAGGCUCCGGGGAGGGGACAGCCUGGAGAAGCAAUUUGGAAAUCAUCUGUGCUUGGAGGGAAAUGAACAGAGAUCACCCAGGAGAGAGGAGGCCAAGGAACACUACCACUAUAGGUGGCAGCGCAGCUUCCUAGAGGGCACCAUCACCCAGGCCAUGGAGUUAGGCUGAGCUGGUCUUGAAAAUGGGCUGUGAGGCUCUGUUGCUGAGCGCUCUUGGCGAAGUCGGGUACCCUUCGUGUGAUCAGCUGUCACACCCUGCGAUCAUGAGCAUCUCAGAGAGAUGCUGUGCAAGGACCUGAAAUGCGCCAGGUAAAGCACCUGCGGUAAGGAAGUCGCCUGCCUCCUGCUCUCUCGGUGACUCCCUCUUGGUCACCCGCCCUCCCCACCCCCACGGUCCGCAGCUGCCAGUCCCUCGGGGAUGGGGUGGGGGGGCGGGGCGGGGGCCGAGCCCUGUGACGCGGUGCUCACGUGACCGGCCGGGCGCCGACGUGGGCAGCAGCCCGCGCACUCGCUCGCCGCCCUGCGGUCCCGUCGCCCGCGCGGAACCAGCUCCCCGAGCUGCCCGGCUGGCGGGCGAGGGGCGAGCGGGCUUCAGCGAGCCCGAGGAGGCGCAGGCCGUCCCGGGCCCGCAGGUCAGUGUGGAGGUCUUCGUGUCUGUUCCCAGCACUCUGCUAGGCUAGAAAAGGAGGAACCUGUCCAGAAUCUCUGCAGGACAGGAAAAGGAGAGGAAAUCUCAACAUGGAAAAACUCUGCAAUGAAAAUGAAGGAAAGCUGGAAAGUGAAGGAAAGACACAAGAUGAAGUAGAGCCUGAAGAUGAAGAAAAGUCAGAUGAGGAAGGAAAACCAGAAGUAGAGGGGCAGCCAGGGCACAAGGGAAAGCUCCAGAAUGAGGGACAGCCAGAUGAUGAGGCACAACCAGCAGAUAAGGGAAAGCAGGACAAGCAGGGCCAGUCCGAAGAUGAGGGAAAACCACAGGGCGGCGAGGGCAAGCGAGAAUCCCAGGCAAAGCCAGAGAGCGAGCGGCGGGCUGCCGAAAAGCGCCCGGCUGAAGAUUAUGUGCCCCGGAAAGCGAAAAGGAAAACCGACAGGGGGACGGACGACUCCCCCAAGGACUAUCAGGAGGACCUACAGGAAAGGCAUUUGGGCAGUGAGGAGAUGAUGAGAGAAUGUGGAGAUAUGUCAAGGGCUCAGGAAGAGCUAAGGAAAAAGCAGAAAAUGGGUGGUUUUCAUUGGAUACAAAGAGAUGUACAGGAUCCAUUCGCCCCAAGGGGCCAACGUGGUGUCAGGGGAGUGAGGGGCGGAGGUCGGGGCCAAAGGGGUUUACAUGAUAUCCCCUAUCUUUAAUGCCUGUGGCCUUGAUUCUGAUUUCUCUGAUGGGAAUAUUGCCAACCCUGCUUUCCCUGGCAGGCAUUUGCCAGGCUAUGUGCUUUAACCUUAAGCUGAUACUUUGCUUUAGGUGUCACUCUUGUUACCAGCAGCCUUUUGAUCCAACUACAGUGCUCUGUCUGUCAGUGGGGGAUUUUCACCCAUGUGCAUGGAAGAGUUGUUCGUGGUACAUUGUAAAAUAACAAUAAAGAAAAAACAGUUUUCAGAACCGCAUACACAGCAUCAGCCCAU